AGGUCGUCAGGGACUCGAUGCCACUGGUGCAGCGUCAGGAUGGGAUUUCCUCUCAGAAGAGGAAAUCUUAGCCGACAAAGGAACAACCACUGGCGAAGAAGGCGGCUCCUAAGGCUGCCACCAACAUCGUGGCCUCUGCUUCCGCCAACUUAAUUACCGACCGAGUUGCCGAGGUUGGUAACUCCUCGUUGCGGCCGAAGAUUUACAAGCAACUAACCCUACCGGAAAUGGUGCCAGGGUUGGAGACUUUUGCCAAGCCUAGGAAGGUGGGCUUUCUGGAGCGAAACUGGAUUGAGAUGCCGAACAUUUUGAAGAAAUGCUGGUCUCGCUCUCCGGUAAAGGACGGUGAGAAGUUUGAUCCAUAGCUCAAUGUUUUGGACGACGAAUCGCUGCUCCUGGACCGUCCAUUGGAGGGCGGGAAUCUAGGAUAUCGUAUUUUAAAAGCUAUGCAGCUUAAAUACGAUAUACCGGUGGACGAGGUUUAUACGCUUGCCGCGACGCAUGCGCAUAACUUGGCCUUGUCUGCCCAGUCCGGUAAAGAGCCUUGCGAUUUCUACCGAUACUUUCAGACUUCGUACUUCAAUGAAGUGAAGGACCAUAAGGAGCUGAAGGGCCGGAUGGUCGUUAAAGAGCAAGAACUUCUUGCGGCCAAGACCGAGAUGAAUGAUUCCCUUGCAGCUGAGAGCAAGGCUGAAGCCACCCUUACUAAGGUGGUGGAGGGUCAUUCCUUGAUCUUGUUCAACAAAGAUGAGGAGAUCCGGCUACUCCGAGAGCAGAUCGCGGAAGCGAAUGAACUAGAACGCGAGGCCGUUAAGGAAUACCAGAAAGGUAUGGACUUUGUGACACGCUUGCUCAACGCGGGUAUGAGGUGUGUCAGGCACACCUUCCCAGACCUUGACUGGUCCAAAAUUGAAGACGCCCAUGUUCAGCGUGUUCAUGAGCUACCGGUUGAGGGCGAAGUCUUGGACCAUGGUGUUUCCGAGGCCGACAUCGCCAACGCGGAUCCCAAGGCCGAGUUCGAAGAGGAACAGGAGACCGUCAAUGCUGCUGCUGACGUUGCCAACCCUGCUAUCGGUAACGACAAACCGGAAGAGCAAGUGGUAUCGUUGACGGUUCUGAGGAAGAAGAGCAUGCCAAAUAGAGUUUUAGCUUCCUUCCUUACACUUCUUGUACUGGGCCACUUUGUGGGUGGUGUGUUUUUUGCGAUCAUAAUGUCUUUUCCUUAGGGUAGCCAAAUCAUCUUUACCGUUCUGUUAGUCUGGUCGUCUGUGACCGAUAUUUUUUGGUGGUUGGCCUUAUGUGACCAGCUGCUUUAGGGAUGUAAUGUUUUGAUUGAUUAAUGAAGUAUCUUUUUUCCAACUAUGAUGUCGUUCUUAUUACGUUUUAAUUGCUUAAUCAAUUAUGCCGCUAAUUCGUCGCGGGUCAGUGACCGUUAUCUCCUUAGUUAUAACAAGAUAAUUUAAUAUUGUGUAAUUAACUCUAUCGGCAGAUCCACGAAGGUCAUUGACCGGUUUCGCACCUUAAUAUGCUCAUUGACUGAGUGAUAAUUCUUUGUAAGUUUAACCGGCAGAUCCACGAAGGUCAUUGACCGGUUUGGCAUUCCGACUAAUUCAGCAGAUCCACUAAGGUCAUUGACUGAUUAAUCAUGAACAAUAAUUUAUUUUAACCCGCAG